AUGCUGCAUCACCUGGCGAUCGCGCCGCCGCUCCACACCCAGCCCCUGGCGCGCCGCCUGAUGCAAUCCGACAGCAGCAGCGCCGAAGGCGAGGGCGCCUCAGAGUCGGGGCCGCUUCAGCAGCAGCAGCAGCAGCAGGAUGCACAGGUGCAGGGGCAGCCCCCAGAGGCGCAGAUGCGUGCCGGCUUUGGUGCCAAGCUCCUGGCGUCGUCGGCCGCCAGUGUUCUGGGGGGCAUGCUGCCGAGCGAGUGGGACUACAAGAUCGUCGGCGGCAAGACAGCGCCCCCCGCACGGUUCAAGUGGUUCUGCAGCAUGAGGUCUGCAACAACGGACUUCCAUUUCUGUGGCUGCUCCCUCAUCGCGCCAAACGUCGUGCUCACGGCCGCCCACUGCCUGGACCAGGCUAGCAACGCCCUCAAGUAUCCCAUGAUCGAGGUUGGGAGGUACUUCCGCACCGCAGCCAACAGCACGGCGGCCUCCCUCAUCGACAACAACUACGACCGGGCGCGCUGCACGCGAUCGGUGGUCCACGCGGGCUGGACGCCCUCGACAGCGCGCAAUGACAUUGCGCUGUGCUUCUUCAACGGCGCGUCCAGGUUCACCCCUGUGCGGCUCGCGCAGGCCGGCAACGACACGCUGCCUGACGGCACGCCUCUGACGGUGAUUGGCUUCGGUCUAACCAAGGAGGGCGGCACCGCGUCCGAGUCGCUGAUGAUGACCAACGUUGACGUCAUCAGCCCCGCCGGGUGCAACAUCAGCUACGCGGGCAUGCUGGGCGACGCGCAGGCGCAGAUCUGUGCAGGCGUGCCCUCGGGCGGCGCCGACGCCUGCCAGGGCGACAGCGGCGGCCCCCUCUUCGCGCCCGCCGCCGCGGCCGGCGGCGCCGCCGCGGCGGACACCCAGUUUGGGGUCGUCUCGUUCGGCAGCGGCUGCGGCCGCAAGGGCUUCCCGGGGGUAUACACUGACGUGCGGGCCUACGGGGGCUGGAUCCAGCAGCAGAUUGCGCUCGCCGCAGGCGGCGCGGACACGCCCGCGGACGCCACCACAGUCACGACCUCAAGCAGGCCCCAAACUGCGACGGCGCCGGGGCAGGCGGCAGCCGGCGGCGGCGCGUGCGGCUGCACGGCGACGGGGGUCAGCGGCGGCGUGGAUGUGGGCAAGGCGGAUUGCGCGCAGCACGGACUGGACUACGGCGAUGACUCAUACUUCUGCUAUGUGAACACGCCCGCCGACUGCGCGCCCGCGACGGCAUCGACCGCCUACCCAGGUGCUGCCUGGAUCGCGUGCGCGCCGGCCGCGGCCGCGCGGGCGGCGCCGCUGGGGGCGGGCACGCCGACCACAGCAGCCACAGCGGCGGCGGCGGCGCCGGCUGCGCAGCGCGGCGUGCGGGCUGGCGCGCUGCUCAAGGGGUGGCAGAGGCUGGGGCGUUGA